CGUAAGCGGCUACUUAAUUAUUUUUUUAGAAGGAAACCAAAACGUCUCAAAAAUGUCACUUGUUGCCUAUGGUUCGAGCGAUGACAGUGAAGGUACUGACACGGAUGACGUACAGCCGUCUGCUUCAUCCAUGCAAACGUCAGUUGCAUUUAACAAAAACAGUAAUGCUAAACAUACUGCUGUCAGUGUUGACCAGAUAUCUGAUUCAGAUGAUUCAGACAGAGAAACUCCUGCAGGACCUGGACAAGAAUCUACAUCAAAUCUGCUUGCAGGUUUGCCUGAGCCCAAAUCUGGUUUCUCAAGUGUGACAGAAGAGACAGACAUAUUGGAAGAUGAGGUGAAGCCAAAGGCCUCCCAGGUGGCAGACAUCCCCAAGCCCGCACCCAAAAAAGGCAGACAGCCUGUCAGAAUCACCAUACCUGCACUACCAGACUCUGAUGAAGAGGAUGAACCUGCAAAGAAGAAACCCAGAGUUGGACUUGGUUCAGGGAAGUCAGGCCUGACAUCACUGCUUCCUCCGCCAGUUCAUGCAACCAAGAAGGAAGCAAAUAGGAUUCUUUUGCCAUAUUCCCUCACAAAGAAAUCUCAGUCAAACACUACUACAAAACCUAAACCUCCUCUUAAGGUGUCUACAGCUACUGUAAAAUCUGGCAUAGUAUCCAGUCUAGCCAAGUAUGGCAGUGACAGUGAUGAGGAAGAGGAAGAAUCUGAUGAACCAGUCAACUUCUUUUCUCUUGGCUCAGAUAGAGAAAAUAAUGAGGAGGUGGUAACUGUGACUGAAUCACCUGCUGAGAGAUUACAACAGGUCGAUAAAAGGGAGACAAAUGUGAUGAGUGACAGAAGUGUUUCUACUGUACCUCUACCCCCUGGGCCUAUCAGGGGCUCAUUAAAACUUCCUGCCCCUACACACAAACCACAGAGCGAAACUGUAAAACACAGUGCCCACCCAAAUGUAGACAGUGUAACUAGUAAAAAUGUGUCCUAUUCUGAUGAUAGUGACUCUAUAGGUUCAACCACAGUGUCAUCAAAUGCACCUACUGUGGAUCCUGAUGCCCCAUUGAUCUUCAAGGGCGGGGUAACCAAGCGCCAUCCUAGUCUUCCUGCUACUUCACAGGAUGUAGGACCCAUGUUGCCUGAAGCUCAGGCAGGAUACAGCAACUAUGAUGGUUAUGGGGCGGGCAGCUACCCUGAGCCUGAGGAUGUGGAGGGAUACCAACAAGACCAGGAGUUCCUGCGGCUGCAAGGCAAGCAGCAACGGGGUCGUGAAGAGAUUAACAUCAUCAACGUGAACGCAGAUGAUUUCACCGACCCGUCAGAGAUCAUGAAGAACAUGACAGAGGAACAGUCGUACCAGUCUCACAAAAAGAAUGGUGACCAGCCCUCAUCACAGCAGAGACGCAAACAUCAGAUAGGAUACCUAGCCUUCCAGGCGAAGGAAAGAGAGCUAGAACUGAAAAACCAGUGGUCCCAGAACAAAAUGACCCGCAAACAAACACAGGCAAAAUAUGGAUUCUAGAGCUACUAAUGAUUGUGGACAAUUGUGCGUUCAGCCAGUUAGAUACAGUGAAACAAAGUACAUUCAUCAUGUGCUAAGAUAUCUUGGUUCAAAUAUACAAUGACCUGCAUCUUGGUUAUAACAUAGACAGAGUUUAUUGGCAAUCGGCAAACAGUUAACAUUAUUAUUUUAUGACCAUAUAUUUAGAAGUGAACAUGGAAGAUCCACUUAUGGAUUACAUUAUGUAUGCCCCUUUAAUGAAAGCUAAGAUCAUGUGAACUUCAGUUAGUGCUUCAUAUAAAUUUUGCCACUCCCUUGUUUUGUAAUUUUAGCAAAUUAAACAAAUUAUAAAACA